UCCGAGCAUCCCGCGGCUUCGGACCCGCCCGGCCAGGACAUGGCGAGCGUCCGGGCCUCCCCGCGAGGCGCUCUACUGCUUCUUCUGGCCGCGGCGGGGGUCGCGGAGGUGGCGGGGGGCCUGGCUCCGGGCAGCGCGGGUGCUGUAUGUUGUAAUCAUUCAAAGGAUAACCAAAUGUGCCGUGAUGUAUGUGAACAGAUUUUCUCCUCAAAGAGUGAAUCCCGACUGAAACAUCUGUUGCAGAGAGCCCCAGACUACUGCCCAGAAACGAUGGUUGAAAUUUGGAGUUGUAUGAAUUCAUCUUUGCCAGGUGUGUUUAAGAAGUCUGAUGGCUGGGUUGGCUUAGGCUGCUGUGAACUGGCUAUUGGCUUGGAGUGUCGACAGGCAUGCAAGCAGGCAUCGUCAAAGAAUGAUAUUUCCAAAGUUUGCAGAAAAGAAUAUGAGAAUGCUCUUUUCAGUUGCAUUAGCAGAAAUGAAAUGGGCUCAGUGUGCUGCAGUUACGCAGGUCAUCACACAAACUGCCGAGAAUUCUGUCAAGCCAUUUUCCGAACAGACUCUUCUCCUGGUCCAUCUCAGAUCAAAGCCGUGGAAAAUUAUUGUGCCUCUGUUAGUCCACAGUUGAUCCACUGCGUGAACAAUUACACCCAGUCUUAUCCCAUGAGAAACCCAACAGAUAGUUUGUAUUGCUGUGACAGAGCCGAAGACCACGCUUGCCAAAAUGCCUGCAAGAGAAUUCUCAUGUCUAAGAAAACAGAAAUGGAGAUUGUUGAUGGUCUCAUCGAGGGGUGUAAGACCCAGCCCUUGCCUCAAGAUCCUCUCUGGCAGUGUUUUCUUGAAAGCUCCCAGUCGGUUCACCCUGGAGUCACUGUCCACCCUCCCCCCUCGACUGGCCUUGAUGGGGCUAAGUUGCAUUGCUGCUCUAAAGCAAACACUUCAAUAUGCAGGGAACUGUGCACGAAACUUUAUAGCAUGAGCUGGGGGAACACGCAGAGUUGGCAGGAGUUUGACCGCAUCUGUGAAUACAAUCCUGUGGAGGUGUCCAUGCUGACAUGUCUGGCUGAUGUCCGGGAACCUUGCCAGUUGGGCUGUAGGAACCUCACUUACUGUACGAACUUUAACAACAGGCCAACAGAACUUUUCAGGAGCUGCAAUGCUCAGUCUGACCAGGGAGCCAUGAAUGACAUGAAGCUUUGGGAGAAAGGCAGCAUAAAGAUGCCCUUCAUCAGCAUCCCUGUUCUCGAUAUCAAAAAGUGCCUGCCAGAAAUGUGGAAAGCCAUUGCGUGUUCGCUGCAGAUUAAGCCUUGCCAUAGUAAAUCCCGAGGAAGCAUUAUCUGCAAAUCAGAUUGUGUAGAGAUUCUCAAGAAAUGUGGAGACCAGAACAAAUUCCCUGAAGACCACACGGCUGAAAGUAUCUGUGAGUUUCUGUCCCCUGCAGACGACCUGGAGAACUGCAUCCCUCUGGAUACAUACCUCAGGCCAAGUGCAUUAGGUAACAUCAUAGAAGAAGUGACUCAUCCCUGUAACCCAAAUCCUUGCCCAGCCAAUGAGCUCUGUGAAGUGAACCGAAAAGGGUGUCCGUCUGGAGAUCCCUGCCUUCCGUAUUCUUGUGUUCAAGGUUGCAAAUUGGGAGAAGCUUCUGACUUCAUUGUCCGUCAGGGGACACUGAUCCAGGUGCCGUCCUCUGCAGGGGAAGUUGGUUGUUACAAGAUCUGUUCCUGUGGACAAAGUGGCCUCUUGGAAAACUGUAUGGAGAUGCACUGUAUCGAUCUACAGAAGUCUUGUAUUGUUGGAGGAAAAAGGAAAAGUCAUGGAACAUCCUUCAAUAUUGACUGCAACGUCUGUUCUUGUUUUGCUGGCACUUUAGUGUGUUUCGGCCGUCGGUGCCUCAGUGAGCACAGUUCAGAUGAUGACCGUAGCACCUUCACAGGUCUGCCCUGUAACUGUGACGAUCAGUUUGUCCCAGUGUGUGCACAGAAUGGACGCACUUACCCCAGUGCCUGCAUCGCCCGCUGUGUGGGUCUCCAAGACCAUCAGUUUGAGUUUGGACCUUGUGUCUCCAAGGAUCCCUGUAAUCCUAACCUCUGCCCAAAAAGCCAAAGAUGUGUGCCAAAACCGCAAGUUUGCCUGACGACCUUUGAUACAUUUGGCUGCAGCCAGUAUGAGUGUGUGCACAGACAGAUCACCUGUGAGCAGGUCCGAGAUCCUGUGUGCGACACGGAGCACGUGGAGCACAGCAAUCUCUGCACGCUGUACCAAAGAGGAAAGAGCCUCUCUUACAGAGGCCCCUGCCAGCCCUUCUGCAGAGCCACAGAGCCUGUCUGUGGGCACAACGGCGAGACCUACAGCAGUGUGUGUGCCGCCUACUCGGACCGUGUGGCAGUGGACUACUAUGGGCCCUGCCAGGCUGUCGGGGUCCUCUCUGAACACAGUGCUGUGGCCGAGUGCGCUGCAGUGAAGUGCCCUUCACUCUCAGCUGUAGGCUGCAACCCCAUCAUUCCACCUGGUGCUUGUUGCCCAUUAUGUGCUGGAAUGUUACGGGUUUUAUUUGACAAAGUAAAACUGGACACCAUUGCUAAGGUGACCAACAAGAAGCCAGUAACAGUUCUGGAGAUUCUUCAGAAGAUCCGCAUGCACGUGUCUGUCCCGCAGUGUGAUGUGUUUGGAUACCUGAGCAUUGAAUCAGAAAUUGUGAUCCUGAUUAUUCCUGUCGACCACUCUCCAAAAGCUUUGCAGAUUGAGGCCUGCAAUAAGGAAGCAGAGAAAAUCGAGUCCCUCAUCAACUCUGACAGCCCCACUCUGGCGUCCCAUGUCCCCCUCUCUGCCCUUAUCAUUUCCCAGGUGCAGGUCUCCAGAAGUCUUCCAUCCUCUGCUGCUGGGGGCAAGUCUCCCUGCCCCUCCCUGCUCCUUGUUAGCCUGGGCCUCACUGUGUACUUGCUCUGGACUCGUCCCUGAGUGCCCGCAAAAACUACAAAGCCUUCCUUGACUCGGCCAUCCCACCUUGUGAAAGACGUCAGGACUGCUGGCUGGUGGCCGAACAAGAGCACGUGUCACCUCUGAGCCCUACACAGUAUUUUUCUUAAUCUGCCAAUUAGGGGUUUUGCCUUGAUUCUAAAAUGAUAUGGCUCCCCCAGUAUAAUGGAAAUCUCUUGCUGGUGGGCUGCUGGGUUACAGUUUACAUUUUGCUCAGUAGAUGAGUCCGCUUCUCCAAAGGAAACUUACCGUCACUGAUCAAUGAGACAGUCGCUUUAUAGAAGGAUGCUCCCUUUUCGUGUCCUAGAGGCAUCAGAGUUCCUGUGGGGUUGAGGCUGUGCUGUGCUUGUCUCUGUGUCUAGAAGCUGAGGGCUCAGUGGAAAGCCACUUCUGUGACGGUACGGAAGGGGAGAGAGCUUCUUUGACAUGAUCACAGGUUGAUUCCACGGAAAGUUAAGGCAGGACUCUAAUGUGCUUAGCAAAGGCAACCAAGUAACACUCACGUACCUGUCUUGCAGGUGGUCCUCUCAGUAAUUGCCAGUUUGUGCCUGUGAAUGGGGGCAGCCCCACUCUUCCAAGUAUCUUGUGUCAUGCAGUUUUAUAUUAGCCACUCGUCAGUACUCACCAAGUUCAGAGACUUUAAACCAACUGCUGCUGCUAUAUAAUUGCCAAAAAGUAAGAUAAUUAGUAUUUCAUGUAAAUAGUACAUGAUUUCUUAAUUUUAUUAUGAAGAAGGUGAAUAGCCAUAUUUGUAAAAUGACAAUCAUAUGUGUUAGCCCCAUACUUUCCGUUCAUGAAGACACAUUUGCUUUUUGUGGUGUGCACAGUAUGGAUAAAUGUCUGUCUUUUUAUAUAGAAUUAUAAAGAAUGUGGUUAUAUAUUUAAAAUUUCAGACUAAGUAUUAAAAUGUUUGCAUGUUGUCUAAGAAAUUGGAUACUUUGAAUGUUUCACAGUUUGAAAUAAGCUAUUAAUGUAAUACUUCUUGUUUGUAUGCACCUGAACUUAGAUUUUUACAUGAAGUAUUUUUCAGUGUUACAUGUACACUUUGAAAUAUAGCAAUAUGCUUAUUAUACCAAAAUGUUGUUGAAAAGUAGGCACUUAAAGCUUUCAGGGGAUCUCAGUGCCGAUGUUAAUGUAGCCUCUGUUGCAAUUGCCUAUUUCUAUCUAAAUGUCUUCAGCAUACUAGACUAUAUUGUAUAUAUAUUCUAUAUAUAGUAUAUUGUAAUAUACUAUAUAUAGUAUACAGCAAUAUGCUAGAAAGCUUCUCUAUUUUAAUAAAAGUAAUUUUAUAUGAU